CUAUAAAGUUUGUCGUUUAUCAACACCAACCGCAUAGGCCGAUAUUGUUAUUGGAUAGAUUUUAGAUUUUUGCUUUUAAACAUGACUGCCGUGUUUCGUGUAGGCCUCGUGCGGCUGGUUAGCCGUGGCGCAACCGCGCCUGGCACACUGCUGCAGGCCCAGGCGAAUGCAUUGCCCACCGCCUUCAUGCAGAAGUGCAAUAUCUCCGGCAGAACGAUGCGGGGUGGUCCACGCUGUCCUAAGGUGCCGCCGUACCCAUAUAAGACGAAGAAGUACAACGUCAUAAGCGCCUUCUUCGACAAGACCUCCAAGCGCUUCGACGAGAACUCAAAAGUUAUCUGCGUCGAGGGUCCAAUAGCUUCGGGCAAAACUAAGUUCGCCCAGGAGCUUGCCACGGAACUGGAUAUGCAAUACUUUCCGGCCGUCGACUUAGAUCUGAUCUAUAUUAAUCCCUAUGGCUAUGAUAUGCGUAAACUGGAUCCGCAGUUGCCGCCCAGCUGCCGCAGUUAUGACGUUAAGGACUUCUGCAGGGAUCCCAAUCAUGAGCUGGCCGCCCUAUUCCAGAUACGUAUGUACAUGCUGCGCGUUUCGCAGUACAUCGAUGCCCUGCAGCACAUCUUUUCGACUGGCCAGGGCGUCGUACUAGAGCGCAGUCCCUACUCGGACUUUGUCUUCAUGGAGGCUAUGUUCCGCCAGGGCUAUAUAUCACGCGGUGCACGUUCCGUCUACAACGAUCUGCGCCAGAACACCAUCGGCGAGCUGCUCAAGCCACAUUUGGUCAUCUACCUGGAUUUGCCCGUGGAUGCUGUUCAGAAGCAAAUUAAGGCCCGCAAUUUGGAGUAUGAGGUGAAAUCCAAAGUGUUUACCGAGGCGUAUUUGCGCGAUCUAGAGGCUCUGUACAAGCAGCAGUAUCUUAAGGAUAUCGCUGGACAUGCGGAGCUGCUAAUCUACGAUUGGUCAGCCGGUGGCGAAACCGAGGUAGUGGUCGAAGAUAUCGAACGCAUUGAUUUUCUGCAGCACGAGUCGGAUCCGCACAACAAGAAAAUGUUGGACUGGCGUUUCCCUCUCGAGAGCGAGUGGUGCGAGGCACGCAUCAAGUACUGCAACGAGAAGUCCGAUCUGAUGAACUACUUUAAUGUGCCACGUUUCGAUGUGCCCGAGCUGUUGCGCAGUGCCGAUGACAGCAAAGUCUGGCGUGAUGUCUGGUUCAAUGCGCCUGGCAUGAAGUACCGCCCCGGCUACAAUGCGGAUGUGGGUGACAGUGGCUUGUUGACCAAGAGUAAAAUGGGCAUCAACGAGGUCUUCUAGGCGGCCACCCAUGAGCAUGGAGUUCAAUUGGCGAAAUGUGUUAAUUAUGUAAUAAACAAUCUAGUAAAAUAACGGUAAUCUUUUCGCUUACAA